AUGGCAGCCGCGUCAGGAAUCGCCGGUACGUUCUCCGUCCGCCCCACGGCGCCGGCGGGCCGGCUAUGCUCGUGCGCCGCCGCGGCCGGCGAGGCGAGGUCCCGCGGCGCCGACGGGGGCGGGGGCGGGGCCGGGAAGUGGUGGGUGCCGCUCCUGGGGUGGUCGGGCCAGGCCGACUACAUCGACGCCCAGCCGGCGCCGGCGCUGGAGGAGGACCGCGACCGGGCUGCGGGGAAGAGGCGGUUCGGGGUGCUGACGGAGGAGAAGGCGCGGCAGCUGCGGCUGCGGAUGAUGGAGACGGAGAGCUUCCACGACGUCAUGUACCACUCCGCCAUCGCGUCCCGCCUCGCCUCCGCCCCGCCCGACACCGCCCGCCGCACCAAGCCGUAG